AUGGCAGAUAUGAUAAACUUAACUGUGGGUUUUUCUACAGUUAACUGAUGUUAGCCACAAGAAAUAUAGGUUUAAUAUUAAGUCAGAAAUUUAAAAUUCUUAGGAUUAUUAUAACAUAUUUCCUUGAACAUUUUGUUUAUCUCACCAAAUGUUAUCAUUUUUUGAAGUUUGCAGUAAAUUUUCAUCAAUGGGCUCUGCACAGACCUCAUCCCAGAGUUGUUAAAAAGAGACAACACUCAACAGGCGCACUUUCCAUCACCAGUAAAGAGGCCACAUAUCCAAAGAACCUAUUAUAAAAUUACUUUCAGUAAGUUAGUUAUAAAUAUAAUAUAUUUUCAUUCAGUAGUUCUAAGUUUUUUGUUGAUCUUUGUAAAAAUAUAGUAUAAUUAGUACCUAUACUAUAUAGUUUUUGAAACAUUUUAAAAGUGUAAAUAGUAAAUUCAAUAAUUUUUAACACAAUAUAAUAUGAUAUAAACUUUUAAAUUGUAGGAUUUAAUAAUAUUUAUUAAAACGAUAACAUAAUUAUCAACAUUAGCUCAAUAUCAUCUAUAUAUGUAGCUUAUAGAAAUAAUUUCAAUUUAAAUACUACUAAAAAAAUGCAUACAUGUAUUAAAGAAAAAAUAAUACACAACUCACUAAAUAAUGUUGUAAACUAUUGUAGUAUGAAAUAUUAAAAUAAUAUGUUUAAGAAUUCGCUAAAAUUCUGAACAAUAAUGCAAAUAAUGUAAAAAUCGCUUUUAAGAUUAAUAAUAAUUUAAUUAAACGUAUAAACAAUAGAACUAUAAACAUCACAACAAAUCUCUGUAAACAGUUUUUAUAUAGGUAAGACAAAUAGAAAUUUUAAAAUAAGAUGUAAAGAACACAUUUCUGAAAAAAAAUUUAAAAAGACAGCCCCUAAUUUCAAUUUUGCUAACGUGUUUUAGAAAAUAACCAUAAUAUAAGUUUUUAUAUUAAUACCGACUUAAUAACAUUAAAUACCCAAAAUAACAUUUUCAUUAAUUCAGUUUUAGAAGAAUUACACAUACACAAUGAAAUAAAGAAAACUUAUUUUAAUCAUAUUUUAAAUGUUCAAACCGAUUUUAAAAAUAAUAUCUCAUAUCAAUACAUUUUAGAUAAUAAAUAAUAAUCAAGUAAUUUAUAUUUCUUAACAUAUCUAUGUCUAAUUUUAAAUGAUCUCUCCUAAAAAAAAAAAAAAAAAAUAUUUUUAUAUUCUAUGUAAAACAACAAAUUUGUAUAUUUUUUUCUCUAUGUAUUCUUUAAAUUUUUUAUGUUCAGUCGCAUUUUACAUUUUGACUAUUAUAUGCCUGAUAAUAAAUUUUUAAUUCGAAACCGGUUGUAUAAUAUACACUUAUUAUAAUACUCCACGCAAUGCAUUUAUUCAUUUAUUUAUUUUUUAUUUAUAUAUUUAUAUACUAUAUUUAAUAAUAUUAGUAAAUUCACAAUAUUAUUUAAAAAUCCCCCAUUAAAAAAUAUAUACAAACCAUAACAGUUUGUCUACAUAUUUUUGAUUAUUUAGAUGAUGAUAUUGUUGGAAACACUCAAUCGAUAUUUUUUAAAGUUUCAAACAAGAUGCAAUUCUAAUGCUCUAUAUUCACUGGUUAAAUGAAGAAUGUAUGCGAGUUAUUAAAAAUGUAUUCCUUAAUAAUUUUAUAAUUUAAUUAUAGGUCAUGCAAAUGUUAAAUAUCUUAACCUUGGAUCAGACUAA